GUGCACAGCGGGGCGGUUCUGUGUCGGACUGCGCUGGGCGUGGGCUGCAGUCACUCCCCAUCCUCUCACUGGAGACACAUUGUUCGACGCGGGUACAACCAAUGCGUGCCAGUGAGCAGCUUGGUGCUCUUUAGCAGCGGAAAAGUCAACCGUUUGUGGCAGAUAAUAAAGAUACAGUUAUUUCAAGACGACCGGAAGUGGGGCCAAGACUGUUUGGAUCUCUUCAAUUCAAGAAGCAACUUGAGUUGGAACAUCCUUUUUCCCCUCUUUCUUUCCUGGCAGACAAAACAACGCCAAUUAGAGCCCCAUUUGUUCAGAAGCAGUGUGUGUGCGUGUGUGUGUGUGUGCGUGUGCGUGUGUGUGCGUGUGCGAUUGUGUGAGCCACAGCGGCAAAGAUGACGGAGUAUAAGCUUGUGGUGGUGGGAGCUGGAGGCGUGGGCAAGAGUGCACUUACCAUCCAACUCAUCCAGAACCACUUUGUGGAUGAAUAUGACCCUACCAUAGAGGACUCGUACAGGAAACAGGUUGUGAUUGACGGAGAGACCUGUCUGCUGGACAUCCUGGACACCGCAGGUCAGGAGGAGUACAGCGCCAUGAGGGACCAGUACAUGAGGACGGGGGAGGGGUUCCUCUGUGUGUUCGCCAUUAACAACACCAAGUCCUUUGAGGACAUUCAUCAGUACAGAGAGCAAAUUAAACGUGUAAAGGACUCAGAUGAUGUUCCCAUGGUGCUUGUGGGCAACAAAUGUGACCUUCCUGCACGCACGGUGGAUACAAGACAAGCCCAGGAACUCGCCCGCUCCUAUGGCAUCCCUUACAUCGAAACUUCUGCCAAGACACGACAGGGAGUUGAGGAUGCCUUCUACACACUGGUCAGGGAAAUUCGGCAGCAUAAGCUCAGGAAGCUCAACCCGCCGGAUGAGAGUGGUCAGGACUGCAUGAGCUGUCGCUGUGUGGUAUCAUGAUGAAGCUUACCUUCGCAGCCUGUAAAGAAAUGCUACAGCACAAGAAGUCUGGACUGGACAUGGACUGAAAAUAGGAAGACAAAAUUGAAUGAAAAUGAAAGAAAAGAAUGAGGAAUGACUGAACCAGAGCCUUUUUUUCUAGAAAGGAUGAUUAUGAUUGUCACCUGUGUGGCUAGAUGAACAAGAUUGGCCUGCCCCCUCUUUUUUUUGUGGUCCACAUUUCAGAUAACAAGCAACACCACUAAAGACAAAGGUCAACCCCAGCAUGGUCUCAUCGGGUAGCUAACUUACUGUUUCAGUCCCAACACUGGUUCAACAGGGGCUGCAUUGGAUCCACAGUCCCCCUCCCACAUCACCAUGAAAUGCACAUUCCACUUGUGCCCUGUUUUCUCACUCGGCCUGGAUUGGCAUUGGACAUUUAUUUCCUCUCAUGCCACUCGUGGAACCCGUUAAAAAAAAAAUCUAUAAAUAAACUACCUCCCUUUUAAAGGUAGAGGCUGAUCUGGGACUUUGUUGUUAUUGUUUAACUGUUAGCUUAGCAGUAAAAUAUGUGUAUUUUGGUUUUGAACUGGAACAUAUUUUGUGGGUGGAUGAUUAGAAUGUAACUGAGCCCGAUGUGAUGUUGAACGCGCGCCUGGCUCGGCAUUUUUCAUGAUUGGUGAAUGAUAAAAUAUAGAUAGGACAUUUUGGUUCUGAAUGCAGCUGCCUUACAUUCUUUGUUUGGCAUUGUCUUUGUGUAAUAAUAAUAAUACUUAUGGCUUGUGUACAGAGCAGUAGGAUUCCUGUGUCUAAUUUACAAUGCACUCUCUUAGCAGGGGAGGGUACAGUGCAUUUGCACACUGACUACAGCUGAAGAGGUCUGCCUAUAUGAUAGGAGCAAAUGUUAUGCUUGUACAGGUAUACAGACAGGUUUUAAAUAGAAUUAACCUUUAUUUGCAAGAUGUGCAACAGUUAUGUUGUAUGUCAGAGUCUUUGGAAAAAAAAAUAUUUGCAGAGUGUAACACACACACACACACAACACACCUCAGAAUGCUCAAAAUCCCACACACCUUACUACCCUCAAACUGUCUGAACGGUGUGUAUACUGUACAUGUACGUGUGGGGUUCAUACAGUGUAUGUAUGAUUGGUGCUGGUUAUGGGGCUGCAUUGCUUUGUUUUUCAAUGCUGACUCGCUCGUGCUCUCCACUACUGUAUUCAUUUGCUACCUUAUUAGAAACAGUGCCCUGACCAGUGUGUAGCGCCAUAUACAUGCAGUGAGCACUACCUGUCUGUUUACGUACUUACUGUGUGCAACUGCAUAAAAAUGGAAGCAUGUUGAGUUUAGCCAUGCGCUGUACAGAACUUGAAGGACAAACUACAACAUCCUAACGUCCGUCUAAAUGCCUAAUUGCAUCACUCGUACUCAAUUUAGAGGGCAUUUGGUGACCAUUUUUGAAUUUUACUCAUCAGAUAUAAACAUGUAUGAGAACUUAAUUCCCUGGAGCGGUGACCUGUUUUAAGCAUUUUGAAAACUCUAACCCACCCGGUUUUGUACAUUUCAUCAAUAAUUAUUAAUUAACUCUUCAUUCUUUGCUUGAAGGAAGUGAACUGUGAAUGUCUCUGGAUAUUAUUUCAACAAAACUGUGUUUAAAAUGUCCAAUUUAUUUGGGAGUACAGUACUUGGUUUGACUUUAUCCACUUAUACUGAAACAUUUUGAUGGGAACUUUGUGACAUGUAGUUAUUAAUAAUUGGAUGCUUGUUGUCUCCCUGUCAAUCGUUAUAUACAGUAUAUCACUUCCGUAACAAUUCCACAAAUCUAUGCAUACAUUUUCAUCGUCUUUGAAUGUCUUGUAAUGUUUCCGCAUGGAUACUUAGCCAGUAAAGCCCAAGUAUACAUGUGCAAAAAGACUAUACAUGCCUUUGGGGGUUUGGACUUCUGUUCCAGUUCCAGUGGUUCCAAGGGCUCCUUUCUCCCUUGAAUGAAAGUGUGGUUGGAAUUUGUGAAAAUGUUGCAUCUUUAGCUAUUUAAGACAU